UGACGUGCAGGACGGACGUCUUUUUUAACUUUUUUAUUCCCAUUUUUUUUUCAAAAUUCUCAAUAAUGAACGUAAUGAAAACUGGAUCGUACUCGUAGUAUGAUUUGGAAGGUAAACACGGGGGGCUGCGGCAGCGCCAUGGAGCCCGAGGAGGAGCAGAAGAAGCUGAGCGACGACAUGGUGGUGUUUCUGCGUAAGCGCAGCGAAACGGACGCGCCGCGAUACACUGCCAAGCUAAAGACCUAUGUCGACUUCCAGCAGAAGCGCCGAAGGGCGGCGGCUGCACGCCGCAACUCUGAGCAUAUGCAAUGCGGCAGAAGGACGUCGGCGAAGAAGACUAACGAAAUUGAUCAAAGGGACAAGUCUGGUGACAAUUCCGAGCAACGCGGUGAAGAUGAUCGGGUGAACAAAAAGCGUGGGGGACCUGUUGACAAAGGCUUCCACGGCCCCCGGUCGGCUUCGCACUCUAAUGAGCCUGCGGACCGUUGUCCCAUGAGGCGACGCGUCGGUCGACGCCGCCGCUCACGACGGCGUCCCUACCGCCGCCGGCGUCGUCGUAGCCGUCGCCGUCGCAGUCGUUGCCGCCGUCGCCGCCGUAGCAGCCGUCGUAGACGUCGCCGCAGUUGCAGCCGUCGUCGUCGUCGCCGAAGCUGUCAACGUCGCCGCAGGCGCCGCCGUUGCGGAUGUUAAAGGCAGCGAAACCAUUGAAAUUGCGUCAAUUACCAUAUUGUGAUUGGAUGCACGCUAAACACAAACUAAAAAGCUUGAGAUCGCAGGUUGUUGGCCUUGUGGAGCUCGCUUUGGACGUAAAAAAUCAUAUUGCUACACUCAGUUUUUUCUAACUUAUCUCACAAUGUGAACAAUCUUUUCAAUAGGUACUUUUAAAUGUUUUUUUUAGUGGGCUAAAAUAAAUAAAAACGAACACAAAAAAAGCGAUUUUCUUUGUGUGUUUUCAUCUCUUUGAAACUAAACUUUACAUCACAAAAAGAUUGCUUACAUUACAAGUGAAGUAAGAAAAUUGACUUUGUAUCCUCGAUAGGUAUAUUUAUUAACGCAAUUCCAGUGGUUGGUAGGAAAUUAAUUGGACGUGCGGAGAAGAUUUCUAAAAAUCAUGCCAUAAGUCCCGCGGAAUUCUGGGAAUCAUUUCUGUUGGUUGGAAAAGUAUUAUGGAUGCGCGAGAUUUUUUAAAACCACCCCGCACGCUGUCUAUCAACUAUCAAUCAGCAAAUUUUUUGGGAGUCCUAUUUUGGUUUUGACGUUUGUAUAGUAUUAUUUUUUUCAAUAAAAUGCGUUUAUUGCAAAUUUA